AUGUUGGAGUAUGGAAGUGUGGAUGGGGUGAAACUAGAUCUGCAGAUGGUUCCAAACCAUGCUAUGAGCCCUUACUUCGCCUGCACCCGCGAGUCAAGACAGCACAAGCCAUGCCAGCCGGACUUCAUCCAACCGCAACAGCGGGAUAAACAGCCACAAAGAGCCAGAACGCCAGCUACAGCAUUAGCCUUGGCCUUUUGUGAUGACCUCUUCAGAGAAGGUGAAAGGGUCAGCCCACAAGUGAUUGCGGACUCCAGUCCAUCUACAAAUUGGGGUAGAAUGCCGAUCAUUGGCCGGAUCCUCGACUCGCCCCAGGGUAGGACUACGUCCUAUAGGACUUUGCAAACUUGCGUACGCAAGUGCAGUCAGCGGACAUUGUUUAUGGAAGAGAACAGAUGGAGGGAUCUAGUUUCACCCCAUCCACACUUCCAUACUCCAACAUACUUACGGCGCUACAUCAAAACCCUCAACAGGAUCAAAGAGAACACCGUCAUCUUCAGAAGUGAAGGAUCUUAUGAAGAGAGACUUCGAAUUAACGAUGAAGUGCUUCUGGGGGCGCCAUACUCCAGCUGGAGCGUGUUGAGAGAAAGGCUGAUGGAUGCAAGAGGUUGGAAGAUGGGUCCAAGCCACCAGGUGUGUUUCGUGCCGAGAAGAGGAAACUUCGCCGAAGCGCUGAAGGGGCAGCGGCUCUACCUGACGAGUUCGAUUCGGCUACUGAUCUAGAUCACGGAAGUCAACGAUGGUACUCCCCUCGACUUAUGGAACCUCAUCACGGGGCUGCAGCCUUAUUAUAGGUUGCAAGGCUCCAGCCUCCGAGCGGUCAUGAUCAUACAAGCUCCGCCCGAGGAACAUCCACUCAUCCGGGAACGACUACAACCUCAGUUGGAAGCCGCCCACGAGUUGAUUCAGAUGCGCUUGGUCGACGUGAACCUGACGCCAGAGAUCUUCAGCGACUGGUUUGGACGUGCCCUGUCAGAACAACGAGCCAAGGACAGAGAACCGGAAGAGAUGGAGGAAGCGCCAGCUCAAGGCUCAGGACCUGGAAGACGCGACGGUCAGGACCCCGGAAACCAAGAUCCACCAGCAGGAAGUGGUCAGGGCAUCAUGGCCUAACAACCUCAACUCGGCCCGGAAUGUCCCAACAGGGAAAAUCGACUGAUUUGACUGAUAUAAAAUGUUGAAUUGUAUUUUGUGGACAUUUCGUCUUGAAUCAAUAGUGACACUUCGACACAGCUCGAAGGGUCAUUGGCGAUUCGUUUUUUUUUGUUAUUAUCAUAUUUUUUAUCGACAAUUGUUUAUUUUAAGUCAUCUGUGAUAUCUACUGUGAUAUUGUAUUCGUAUCAACGAUUGGUCGUUGAUAUUAUUGUCUAGUGUGUUUAAGUCUACGGGUAUUAUAUUUUGAUCACUGUGAAGGAUAUAUGGUUAUUGAAGAUAAAGCUAAGAAUUAUAUCUAUUUCGGUUAUAUUCGACUUUAACUGUUUCGACAGUAGCAUAUCUUUAUUCGUUCUAAUAUCUCGUCGUUUAUACCGGAUCAGCCGCGGCCGACCUUAUCGAAGGCAACUUAGAUAAGGCCCGCCGAAGCUGGACAAUUGACAACCCUGGUGGACUUGGAUUCUUCAACAGGAGCGGACAAGACAGCCAAAAACACCGUUCCGUCGACGACUACCUCAUCGGAGGCGGAACAAUCUAGUUGUAGUGGCCAACUAUCUAGUUACAGUAGCCAACCAUCUAGUUACAGUGGCCAACUAUCUAGUUACAGUAGCCAUGCACCUUAUUAUAUUUUUUUCAGUUUUCGCUACAACAAUCGCCAUUCACGAAUUGGACACUUCUACACCGCUCUUCGAAAGCGCUACGUUUCAUAAUGAUAAAAUUUGAAUAAAGAUUGCUGGGUGCUUUAAACCAUUAGUGGGUGCCUUUAUUAUGUUGGGUGCUUUCUCUAGUAUGGCCCCUUUUCUGUAAUUUAACAUUACCUUUUAGACGAAAGCUUCCAUGGUACCUCUCCGACUUUACUGACUUCUUUUCCGGUCGGUUGAGUCAAUCCUUCGCCGCGACAGUUUGUGUUUUCUUCGCCAACCUCACCAACAUCAUAACCUUUGGUGCAGUGAUGGAAAGGACGUUUAAUGGAGAAAUGGCAGCAGUUGAGAACAUUCUGUGUGGAGCUUUAACAGGAGUUGUGUUUGGCUUAUUUUCUGGUCAACCAUUGAAUGUGCUGUCAGCUACUGGGCCUACGUUAAUAUUCGAGAAGAUUAUAUAUGAUAUGUGCAAGACACAAGGCUGGGAGUUUCUGCCAUUUCGGUUUUGGAUGGGUUGCUGGAUUGCGCUGAUAUUGGUGAUAAUUGUGGCAAAGGAUCUGAGUGCAUUGGUCGCUUUUAUCACAAGGUUUACGGAGGAGGCAUUUGCUACAUUGAUUUCUGUGGUUUUUAUUAUACAGGUAGGUAAAAAAUGUAAAAAAUUAAUUUUUUAGCUAAUUUUUAGUUUUAAUAAGUCAAAAUUUGCUAAAUAUUACCCAGUUUAACUAAAAAGAAGGCAUAAUUUCUAUCUUUCAGGCCAUUGAAAAAAUCCUCGAAAUCAGAACAGAAGCCCCAUUAACACCAAACCCAGGUGAAUUCAUAUCUUCUACUUGUCAGUGUAUUACAAAUUCAUCCAGAUCAACCUUGUUAACUGACAAAUUAUACGAGGAAACGGAAAAAUGCUUGAAUUCUGGAGGGAAAUUGUUUGGAAAAGCAUGUUUCUUCAAGCCAGAUGUCUUUUUAACUUCAAUAUUGCUGGCUUUGGGGACUUAUGCUGUGGCUAUGAAGUUGCACAAGUUUAAGCAGUCACCUUACCUCAACACUGUGGUAUGUUUAAAAGGAUUUACGAGAGGAUAUGGGAAGUAGAAGGCAUUUUGGGUACCAGUUGCCGUUGUAAAAUUGUGAAGACAUAAAAUUGACUUUUUUGUUUUAAUUGAACUAUUAGGUUGUUCAAAUAAUUCUGUACCCUCUUUCAAAGCAAAUGUUCUUGGUUAGGGGCACAGAAUUAUUUAAACAACCUAUUAUAAUAUAUUUUAUAUGGCAGAGCUUUAUGAUAAUACAGCCGUUGUCAAAAAAUAGUAAACAUACUUGUUUCAAGCAUAACUUUUUUAAAAAGAUCUUAGAAACAAAAAAUUUUUUGUGAUUUUAGAUUGGUCUUUCAUACAACAAACGCACAAACAAUAAUUUUUAAAUUUGUUAAUUUUGAAAAGUUACAGUAAUUCUACCGUACUCCUAUUUUUCAACUAUGUGUAUAAUUUUUUUUUCAAAAAUUGAAGAUAUACGUUUUGUAAAGCAUAAAAAGUUUUACAUAUUCUGUAAGUUUCAUUACUUAAUCUCUUUUACUAAACGCUUAACGAUUUUUUAAAAAUCUAAAAAACGGCCAUUUUUCAAGCGGAAUCGAACUUUUCGUGUUUUUCAAUCUUUUUUCGAAUGUUAAAAAAUCGUAGCUCUUUGACUAGCUAAGAUGACGUAUUGAAACUUACAGAAUAUGUACAACUUUUUAUUCUCUACAAAACGUAUAUCUUCGAUUUUGAAAAAAAAAUUAUACAUAUAGCUGAAAAAUAGGGGUACGGUAUAAUUACUGUAACUUUUCAAAAUUAACAAAUUUAAAAAUUAUUGUUUGUGCGUUUGUUGUAUGAAAGACCAAUCUAAAAUCACAAAAAAUUUUUUGUUUCUAAGAUCUUUUUAAAAAAGUUAUGCUUGAAACAAGUAUGUUUACUAUUUUUUUUGACUUUAUAUAUCAGGGCUGGGCGAAACAAAAAAAUUUUUUUUCGCGAAACACGAAACGAAACAAAAUUUACGAAUUUAUUAAAAAAUCUUCAUAAAAAUCAAAUUUUAUGCCGUAAAUGGGUAUUAACCUUAAGGAAUAACAAGUUCUGAAGCAUCUCACUUGUCAUGCUUCUUCGAUAGUCAGUCAAAACAGUUCUUGCUGUCGAAUUUUGAUGUGCUUUAUUACAAAAAGAAUGUAACCUUUCCUAUAAACCGAAGUACUUGUUUCGAAAGACUUACAUUAUCCAGAAUAUUACGCUCUUUCUUUGCUGGUGCCCCGUCCGCUACAAUUUCUUUCCAUACGUCCGGGUUUUUCUGUAUUAAAUGGUACCGGAAAAAGCUAGUUGAGGAAUGAUUUGUUGUGUUUCGCACUUGUAGUGGAAGCUACACUUUAAUUCCUUUGUAGUACGAGUACUACACUUAGCCUUGAAUUUUCCUGGACUUGGGGUAGCAAUAGAUAUUUAUUUAGGUUACAGCACGAUAGGUUAGGUAGGACAAUAAGGUAUGAAUAUGAACUUAAAAGAACUUAAAGCUUAGAACUUAGAUGAUAUAGGUAGACUUAGCUUAAUAAAGUAGCAUAACUUAGGAUAAUAUGAACACUUCAUAACAUGAUCAACUCGUAACAUAACAUUCUCGGAGGAACGUUGAGCUUAAAUAGUGUUCCAAAGACUAUUAAAAGUGAAUGUAUUAAGACGUGAAAGUGAUAAACAAUAUGUAAAAUAGAAUAUGGAAGGUUCUCGAGGCAAUUAAAUCACGGUUUAAUUGAGAGAAAGGCCAAAUUUAUGGAAAAUGAAUAUAAAUUAAUUGCCUUUGGGAAGGCGGCGUUUUGAUCUCUCAAAAACUGAUCAAAUUUUGUACUAAGACUUCGUGGAUUUUCUGACAAUUCACGACAGCACUUUUGCCUUACAUGUUAUACAGACCCCUUCGUUAAAAAAGGGAUCGUAUUUCGACCUUUUGGACAUUUGUUUAUGCCAAAAUACGUUUAAAAUUAAAAUAAAAACAAUUUUCAACAGUAUAAAACAGAAUGCCAAACAUUUUUAACAUUUGUUGGUUUUCGGUUUGAGAAAUAUUUUUUUUUGUUUCGUUUCCGAAACAAAAUCUAUUUCGCGAAACACGAAACGAAAAGAAAUUGCCUCUUUCGCGCGAAACGAAACACGAAACGAAAUUUUCGCCCAGCCCUGGGCUGUAUAUAUUAAUAUUAGGUUGUUCCAAUAAUCUUGUGCCUUCUGACCCCAAAUACUUGAGAGGGGCACAGAAUUAUUUGAAUAACCUAAUACUUCAUUUAAAACAAAAAAAUUCAAUUUUGUGACUUAUAAAAAUUAAAUUUUUCAGAUUCGAAACAUUGUGGCUGACUUUGGCUUGUUGAUCUCAAUUGUCUUGUUCUCGGCGCUAUCUUAUUUCAUUGGCAUUUCAGUACCAAUUCUACAGGUUCCAUCAUCUUUUACGGUAAGUUUGGGGUGAUUUUUAUGAUUAUUGAUUGACUUUUUUAUUUUAUAAAAAUUUAUAUUAUACUUGAAAAUGAACGGUUCAUUUUGUUAAAAAGUGCGUUGAAGGUACGGUAUUUGCUGCUACAUAUACCAAUUAUUUGGUUGAACUGAUAAUACGAAGGUUAAAUAAAGCAAAAAAAUCAUAAAAUUAUUUAAUAUAUUGUAUAGGUUAUAUUAUAUAAUAUUUAUAUAUUAUUUCAGCCAACAAUGAAACGCUCGUGGAUAGUGGACAUAAUGAACGUAUCUUCAACGUAUGUGAUAUUCUUAUCAGCUGUUCCAGCUAUUUUAUAUACGAUAUUGAUCAUUAUGGAUCAGCAAAUCACUGCCGUUAUUGUUAAUCGAAAAGAUAACUUGUUAAAGGUAACUUUUUUAUAUUAACCAUGGCGUAUUUGUGUUCAUCAGCUAGAGGUAGAUCUGUACAGGGGCUACGUCUAACUUUGAGGCACGGCCCACGGUUAUACAAAUUACUUAAUAUAACAUUAUUUUUUAACAAAAUUCUUUUAGAAAGGAGGCGGCUACCACCUUGAUCUUUUCAUAUUGGCACCGCUGAUUGUGAUAUGUGCACUACUAGGAUUGCCUUUCUAUGUAGCUGCUACAGUGUUAAGUCUGGCUCAUCUUGACGCAUUGAAACAACAAUCUGUAUCUAGUGCACCUGGAGAACCUCCAAGGUUUUUGGGCAUAAAGUUGGUUUUUUUUCGCGUUUUUGAAGGUUUUGUUUUGUUUUACCAAAAAAAAUUUUUUCCACAGGUAGAGCUACCUGUGGACCGAUUUUUCGAAAAUUUUUUUUUCGUUUUUUCACGUACAGGUACCUUACCUGUGGAUUUUUUUUCGGAUCGGCUCUGGGGGGGGAGUCACCCCGAACCACCCCCCCCAAACGACGUCCCUGAGUUAUGAUACUUUAACUUUUACUACAUGCAUGAUACUGUAAUUUAAAAUCUAAUCAUCAUUUUUCCAGAGAACAACGCCUGAGCACGAUCUUUGCCCACAUUUUAAUCGGCUUCUCUCUUUUCUUAACACCAGUACUACGACUAGUACCAUUACCAGUCCUAACUGGUAUUUUCCUCUAUAUGGGUGUGGUAUCAUUGGGUGGACAACAAUUUGUACAACGCUUCCAAUUACUGUUCAUGAGCUCCAAAACUCAACCCGAGUAUCAUUGGCUGAGAGCUGUGCGAAUGAAAAGAACUCAUCUGUUCACUUUCAUUCAAUUAAUAUGCGUACUGGCACUGUUUGGCCUAAAGAAUCUGAAGGGAUUGAAAAUGACUUUUCCUCUUAUGGUGGGUUUUUGAAAAAUUGCAAUUUGAACUGGUUUUGGAUUUAAAAUUGAAAAAAACCCAAGUACAGGGUGCGCCACAAGUUCUGUUACACGGUUUUUAGUAUAAUGUAAGUUUAUAAAAAUUCCAGCUCCUCGUAAUGGUCGUAGUCCGAGCAUUGUUUUUGGAGCGUCGUUUCUCGGCCAAGGAAUUGUUAGCCCUGGACGAUCGGCUGCCUUCCUGGAAGGAGAUAAUGAAGCCAAAAACGAAACGAUUCUUCCCCGAAAGCGAUCGAAGUGACAAGUCUCAAACGCCACUAACUGCUGCAUAA